AUGAAGGGUCUGGAGGGCACCGUCCUCGAGGAUGGGAACGGCGGAAUAUGCCAUCCAUAAGAUCAUGAGCCCACCAAAAUUGAAAUAAUGAUCGUGGAGGGAGGCGGUGUAAUGGCGGGUAUAUAUCUCCGCUUCCGUCUCUAUCGCCGGAAGUAUACCGUGAAGAUAGUGGAUAGGUAUGGACUGGAAGUGAAUGAGAGGCGGGUUUAUAAUGUCUCGGGCAUCAUGUUGUCCACACUUAGGCAUGCUUUCAGGCUGAUAUGUGACAGGUCGGGAGAAGCUGACUGGUUGUCUUGA